ACUUACGCCUUAACAACGUUUACAAAUCUUUAAACUUUAUUAUGAAAAUACACAUUGUAUAAAGAUGUGUUUUGCGUUCGUCAUUCAACUUAUGGUCAACAUAAUCGGCYUACUGAGCGUACUAUUCGCAACAMCACCAUCAACCAUAUUGAGACCCAGCAUUCAUUAUUGGAUAAUAUUAGAYCGAAAAGACAACUCCAGCACGCAGUAAAGAAAAUAUAGCAGACGUAGAUGAGAGUGUACCCGAAGACCGUGARGAGUCGAUGCGGAGCCGUUCGCAACAACUCGAACUGACGUAUGGAACGACGCAAGGCGCAUUUUUCGUCGACGUCUUAAAUUGAAAGAGUACGAAUUAGAGUUUGUGGAAGCUGAAGCCGCUCGACUUUCUCCAGUGACAUCGCUCCGCUCUAUGGGAACUUGAAAAGUUCAAAGAAUAUCCGACGUUUUUAUAAUGAUGCGAUGAUAUUCUGACUAAAUGUGUAUAUAAAGCAAAAUUGCCGCAUCUGGUACGAAGAACAACCUGAAGAAAUUCAAGAGCUCAACGGAAGGAACGUCUGAGAUAUAGCCGCGGUCAAAAUUUGAAGAGAUUAUCUUCAAGAAAAUAAAUGCCAUUAAAUUUUCAUUUUCUUGUUUUUUCUUUAAAAAUGUAGGGAAACUCGAAAUCGAUUACCCUUUAUGAAAUUUGUCAAGAAAGUAUCGGAAAUUCUACAUUUAAAUCUCCCGCUUGUCUUCCAUGGCAGAAGGUUUUUGGUGAAUCAGCUCUAUCAAAACCGCGCACUUACGAGUGGUACAGAGCAUUCAAGAUGGGUCGGGAGACCGUCGAAGACAUGCCUCGUUGUGGAAGGCCUUCAUGUGAGUUUGAGAGGGAUGCCCAUAAAUUGGAGAUGUCACAYGAAAGCGCACGUACGAUUCUUCUUCUUCUUAAUUGGCGUAGUCACCGCUUACGCGAUUAUAGCCGAGUUAACAACAGUUAAAACUGGCGCGCACAUACGAUUAUGCAUAAMAAAUUGGGCAUGCAACGCUUUGCUGAAUUUCCUUCAAAAAAAUCUAUUGAAAGCAGGUAACAUGCUGGAUYGAUCCAAUUCGGAUCCCACCUUUAUGGAACGCAUGACUACUGGUGAAAAGGCAUGGGUCUACGAAUAUGACACAYUUAUAAACCAGCAAUCAUCAGAAUGGCGGCCCAAAGACGCGCCAAAGCCAAUCAAAAGUGAAGGUAAUGCUCAUUGUUUUCUUCGAUAUUCCUUUUUUGCCAAGGAACUCGUGUACUAAGAAUUAUUACGAUAUCUCCAAUUGUUAGUGAUGUUAAAGCUCUCGGAAUUCAACUCGUYUCAUCAACCUGAUCAUUUAUAUACUUAUAUAACUACAUAUCCAUMUCGAUAAUUUUUAAGUAAUACAAAAAACAUUUACAGUAAAGAAUAUAUAGUAUUCUGUAGCAACACGUAUACACAUAUUAGAGAAAAACAUGAAAUAUAUCAUUAUUGCUUGAAAUCUAAAAAGUUAUUCGUAGGCUAAGACAAAAAACAAGGAAAAKGGUAUGUUUACUUAAAACAUUUUACAAAUAUUUGAAAAGACUGGC